AGCCGGCAGCGUCAGUCCGUGUGCGGCGUUCGCACGAGAGUCACACACGGCGCGGGAGAGCGCAUAGGACCGCCGAGACCACCUGGGACUUCCCCUGCUCGCGCGCUACGCACGGUCCGGUGGUGUCGUCGCCCUCUUCUUCGCGGAAGCGGAGCGCGAGGAGUGUUGCGCGGGAGUUAGAGACGGGGACAAAACGUCCUCACGCGUACCGAACUGGCAGCGCGACGCGGUGUGGUUCCUUGUCGUGAUCCAGUUGUUGCUGCCAUCCAACUAUUUUUAGUUUAUAAAAUAAGAAGAAUCCAGACUACGUCCACAGAUAAUCAAUUCUAAUUUUAAAAUGGCCAAGAUAUUGACUUGUCUCUCUGUUGUGGGCAUCUUAUUGCUGGGCUCCCCAAGUCUCAUAAAAAGUGAUCUGUUAAUAGAUCCUCAAGCAUUAACAGUUGUUGUUGAUGAGAAAGCUACUGCAGUCAGACUGAUUUCAAAUACAAAAUUAAAUGAAGAUAUAAAUGUUCAGUUCACAGUCUCAAAUGCUGAUAUUGUGACCUUAGAACCCUCUGAAAUAAUAAUUCCAGCCAACUCGCCUGUGCCAUAUACCCAACUUAUCAACGUGUUUGGUAAAUCUCCAGGUCAUGUAGAGAUAACUGCAAAUACCUCAUCAGCCAUAAAAGUUGAUGGUGCCUUCUUGAAAGUAACUUCUGAACAUUCAUCCGAAAUUGAAAUCAUUAGUGUCAUUGUGGGCUGGAUUUAUUUUGGAGUUUGGUCAAUAUCAUUUUAUCCACAAAUUUUUGAAAACUGGAGACGGAAAAGUGUUGUUGGUUUGAACUUUGAUUUUCUCACAUUGAAUCUUACUGGGUUUACUUUAUAUUCAUUGUUCAACUGUGGUCUGUAUUGGAUUCCUUUGAUCCAGAGCCAAUAUUUUGAUCGCUACCCUAAUAGCGGGAUUCCAGUGCAACCUAAUGACAUAUUUUUUGCCCUCCAUGCUGUGGUUGUUACAUUGAUUACUAUAGUCCAGUGUUUCCUAUAUGAGCGUGGGGGUCAAACAGUAUCCCUUGUUGCAAGGGGUCUUCAAGGAAUAUUCUUCAUUUUUCUCUUUAUUGCUAUGCUCUGCUCUGUGUUCAAAGUUCUACUUUGGCUUGAUUUCCUGUAUUACUGUUCAUACGUGAAACUCUGCAUUACUCUUAUAAAAUACAUUCCUCAGGCCUUUAUGAAUUACCGCCGUCAAAGUACUGUUGGAUGGAGCAUAGGUAAUAUCCUGUGUGACUUCACUGGUGGAUUGCUCAGUGUUCUUCAAAUGGUGCUUGAUGCUUACAACUACAAUGACUGGAUAUCCAUAUUCGGGUCUCCAACAAAAUUUGGUUUGGGACUCAUCUCAAUCAUAUUUGACAUUUUCUUCAUGGUGCAACAUUACAUUCUGUAUAGAAAUCAAGAAACCCUCAGUGGCUAUGAAAGAAUAGAGGGGGAGAAUUCUUCUGAAGCACGGACUGCCACCACUCCUUAUGAUGAAACAUCUGUUGCUAAUGAGUGCCAACUGAGUGCCUCUCAAGAAGAACUAUCUCGAGAUCGUGAGUCUGUUACUUGACUCUUUCAGAGACCUACCCCCUGUUUGUCUGGGGAAUGUGCCAAUCUUUUCACCAAAAUAUUGUACAAUAGCGAACGAGUUGAGUACAAUGUUUCUGAAACAUGAAACCGAGCCUUGAAAUGGUUGUCAGAUGUCCAAGUUGGUCGUAUUGUGGGUGGAUUGCUUUGGGUUGUUAAAGAAGAGGCUGAAGAAUUUCAGUUUCAAAACCUAUGGCUUUUUUGACAGAACUACACUGAUUGUAUUUCUAAAGACAACUGUAGAUGAUAGAUCAAGCAAUUUGUGUUGAACAUAAAUUGGAGCAGGAAAAGAAGCCAUGUUUUCCUUUGAUUUGACUUUCACUCAAGAAAAUUGAUUGAAAACUUUCCUGUGAUAUACUUCUGUUUCAUAAAAUUGACAAAAAUUCAAAGCCCAAGCUCAGCAGGAUUGGUUUGGUUUUGUUCCAGUAUUUUGGUCAGCCUCCAUUCCUGCUAUGUCUCCUUCUAAAAAAUUCAAGAUUUACUGUAAACAAAUCUUUAACUGUCAUCUGGUGAGCUGAUGAUCUUAAUUGUUAAAUGUAGCUUCAGAAAACAUUUAUGAAGCAUACUAUUAAAUACACAUACAUAAUACAUACAUAUCAAUUUACAAGACGAAAUUCCUUUCAGCACUGUUACAAAUGGAAUUAUACUUGGUAUGCAAAUAUGCCAUUGCUGUCUUUUCUUCAUAAGAAGUAUUAUACAAAGUGCAAAAGUUUAUUCUGUUUGUGUAUCUAACUUCAAGAAUAAUUUUAAACUACUCUUUUAGUUUAAUUAAGUUUUGAAUGGAAUCUUAUAUCAUGAUUUUAGAUAUUUUAUUUAUAUAUCUCCAAAACUGUCAGGUCUGAUGGUUUACAUUUUUAUUGAGUGGUACAGUUGCCGUCAAAACAUUGCAGGGAUUUCUUUCUGUGUGUGGUUAAUUUUGUUUGGUUUAGUUUUUUAGUUUUACCUCAGGAUGCAUCAUCAUGGAACAGUGAGUGAGUAUCAGUUUUAAGUGUGCAUUGGUGUCUCUUUUUUGGCAGGUCAAAUGCUUUACUAAGUGUAAUGUAUCCCUCCACUCCAAGUAAUGUCGAUAUUGUAAUUGUAACAUAAUAGCUGUUAACUUCCUGUGAUUUAAAUUUGAACACACAAUUUCAGAAUUGUUCAGAACAGUGGUGUCAGUUUUGUUUUUGUUUUUUGUUAAGAAGAAAAGUAGAUUGAAGAAGACAACAACCAGUAAAUAUCUGUGCUCACUGAUAUACAAAAUGGAUGUUCCUUUCCGCAUUUUAUGGAAUGAAUCCAGUUGUCCUUAUACAAAACGGAUGUUCAUUUACUCAUUUUAUGGAAUGAAUCCAGUCGUCCUUAAUCAACUAUUAAUUAGUCAGAACUACCAAAGAUGUUUUUAAAACCUACAAUCAAUUCCUACAUUCAUCUCUGUUGAAUGAAGAGAGAUUCUUCCACGGAACUUUAAGGAUUGUGCUCUAGAAUUCCGUUGAAAUAUUGAAGGAAAUAUGGGGCUCAGUUCGUUUUCCUACAGAUAUCUCCCUUAAUUCACAGGAUGACUAAGUAAACUAGUGACAUUUAUAGUAAUGUGGUUUAUAGAGUUAUGUGAUUACAAAUAGAACAAACAUGCAUAAAUACAUUAAUGAUUAGAAUAUGAUAAAUCUAUACGAAAUAUUAUGUAAUCUAAAGAAGAACUUGCAGAUGUAAUUUGAAGUUAACUCGCAGAUGAGCCAACUUCAAUAUCAAGGAUGAAAUGCCAAUUGCUUGCUCAAAAUCUUUUCUACCGAAGCAAUAAGCUUCCAAUUGAUGGAAUUCAGUUACAUCGGGAUUAUAUUUAUGGAUAAAUAUGUAAAAGAGUACUGAAUACAUUUGUUUUGACUGGAUCAUUUUCAUAAAAUGGUAUAGCUAGAUGAAGUUUUUGUUUUGAUAGUUGAUUUUUGUUUGAUUGUUUGAUUUGCUGACACCUUGAACAGAGGGAGAGCUUAGAUAUCUGACGAAAAAAUGAAUGGUUGGUUUUGAAAGUUACAUUUUAGUCCACAAUUUAAAACUCUACGACAGUGUUGUUAAUUUGAUUUAUCUAUCAUCGUCAAAUAUGAGUUAGGUAUAAAAUAUUCUUAAGAUCUCAUCUUGCAAUGGCAGAUUUGCAAAUAACAAGAAAGUGUGAAAGAAAUUCCAUUCUAAAAUUAGCCAUUUUACAUGGAUUACACAUUUGAAACCCUUAUCUGUACAGAGAUAUACUUUUUAAUUAGGAGGCACAUGAAGGCAAGGAAAUUUACAAAAUACAAUAAUAUUAUUGUACCAGAAGCAGACAUAGAACUCAAAUAUUACCAAAAAUAGGACUGUUUCAAUUAUCAUCUUAAUUUUGAAUAUGGGAAAUUUGCCAUCAAUCCUUUAUUUGUCAAGCACAUAUUUAUUAAUAUUUGCUUCUGCCAAGGAGAGGCAAAGAAAGCCUUCUCAUUCUGCUCUUUCACAUGACAAUGCACCCACUUGUUUACAAUUUGAUUUGAGUUGUCCAAUUCAGACUUCUUCUCUCGAAGGUCUUGUGACUUUUGAGACAUUUUAGUCAGUCAGUUUUAUUGUUUUACAAGUUUUGGAGGAAACCGAAUUUUACAGUUCUAUCUCGUUUUUUAGUGGUAAAAGCUUAUGAACAGUUUUCCUUGCAUGGUUUAUUUGACAGGUAUUCUGUGCUUGAUGAUUUUUGUGCUCAACCUUUAUGUUUAAUCUUGCAGUUAAUACAUGGUUUUCCAUCUAUUUUACCAUUAAACCAGAUUAUUCAUUUCAUUUUGAAUACUAUUAUAAUUUUUAGAAAAUCAUGGGAGAAUGUUGUUUUAGGCCGUGACAGAUAUUCCCAUUUGUUCUGUUUACAAUUUGGUCCCAAGUGGUGCAUUUCAUUCUACAUCAUUUUUUUUUUAAAGCUGUUGGCUUGAAGCACUCUAUGUGCAAUAGACUUAUGUGGAGUGAUUUUACUUAUGCUGGCUUUGUACAAGACUGGUAUAGUUACGCAAAAGAUUUAAAUUACGCUUCUGUAAUCUUUGAGUAUUAGAAUUGACCACAUUCAUCACUGAAUAUGAAUUAUUGAAAAUAACAGAAAUAUCUUUUUUUUAAAUUUCUCUGUAUCACAGCUUUAAGUAGCUUAACUUACUGUGGCAAAAUUAAGAUCAAUUCAGAGGGUAUGAAGUGAUUUCUCAUUGAAGCACAUAAUUGAGUUGGGUGCGUAUAGUUUUUCCAUAGUGUUGUGCAGCAAACAAAGACUCUUUACAUCAAAUGAACACAAAAACAGGUAUAUAGUACAAUGCCUGACGAUUUUCUAAUAGGUGGAUUUACAAUAGUUGCUUUGUAAAAGGUUGCAAGGAUAGAAAUAAGCCUACCUAUAAACAACAAACUUAACAUAUGACAGCUCUUCCAAAAAUGUUUUCAUAAGUUUUCUUUGGUACCGCAUCUGACUCAUCCACUAACCCAUAAUGGGAUAGUCUGCAACUAGCUGAUUUAUGUCUCAUGCUGUGAUAAUAGAGACUUCAUGUUCUUUUCA